AUGGGGGAGACCCCACCGCGGUGGAGAAGAUCCCAGGAGGCAGCGCAGGACACCCGGGUGAUGGAGAGCAGCGGGGUGGUCCUGCCCCGGAACACCGAGCUGGGACUCCCGGGCUACCAGGAGCCCAGCAAGCUGAGCUAUGGCACGGAGAAGAGGUGUUCCUGGAGAGCCUCUGAGGGAUGCCUGGGACCAGGGUGGGAGCUUGCUGGCAGCCGGCUGACCUGCCCCUACCCACCGGCCCCGCCGUGCCUGCGGGACACCCUGUGCCGCCCCAAGGAUGGAGCCGAGCUCCCGGCGCUGCUGCCACCCAGGAACGGGCAGGCCAAGGCGGGCUGGGCUGAGCCCUGCAAGGAGCACCCAGGGCCACGGUGGGCUGAAGCCAUGCUGGCCCCCCUGGCCCUCUACAGCCACGCGUAUCACCGCUACCCUCUGCCCUUCCCAGGGCUGGAAAGCCAGCGCCCUGGCACCAUUGGCAAGCCCCACGCUGCUGCAGGAGCCGGGGACGGUGACCCCCCGGCUUUCCACCACUGCCCCUUCCUUGUGGAGGCUAAGCACAGCCCCUUCCUCCUGUCCUCGCUGCUUCCCACUGGACCCCCAGCUGACCCCCCAUUUGGUGGCGGGGGGCCGGACGGACCGGCAGUGAUGGGAGAUGGACGCUUCACUGGCAUUGACUGGCAUCUGGGCUCCCAUGUGCCCACCUGGGGCCAGCCCCUCUACCUGGGGCUCCCACCGAGAUGCAAGGUGGCUCCGGCCCCUUUCCAUGACUGCUCUAGCUCAGGGAACAAGGAGUUUUACCUGAAGAAAGAGCCGGGCUUCCACCCCCCAGCCAAGGACCAUGCACCACCGCAGCUGCUGGGCAAGGGGCAGGACGGAGACGGGGAGGGGGAGCCGGCAGUGCCAGAGCUGUUGGGAGCCCCGUGGAGGGAUGGCCAAGAGGGGUGCAGCUUGGCGGUGCCCCCUCCCCAUACCUGCACACCUUCUCCCAGCACCAGCCACCCCCUCUUCCUCCUGCAGCCCGGUGUGGUUGGGGGCUGCAGGGCUCCCUGGGUGGGCACACGGCCCCAUGCCCCCAAUUUCCCCAUGGAGCCAGGGCCAGGCCGGCCCUCCGAGCCCAAAGAUGAACGUCUGGCGUACCAAAGCCUCCAGCCCGGCUCGCCACUGGGACCAGGGGAGCCCGACCCAUCGCCCCCGCUCAUGGACGGGCACUACCAGCCAGCCCUUGCCAAGCCGGAGCCACCCCCGGCUUGCCUCUGCACCGCGCCGGGCUGCGAUGGGUGCCCAGAGGUAGGCUGCAGGGCGCUCGGUCCCUUCGAGCCCACCCUGGGCAUCGCUGGGGGCCGUUUUCCAUGCCCACCCAGCAACCACACCAAACUGAAGAAGACCUGGCUGACGCGGCACUCGGAGCAGUCGCUGCCACGCUGCAAGGCUCCCCGGCGGGAUGGCGGCCCCGAGCCAGCCGGUGACGGCAAGCGCUCGGCCAAGCGCCCGCACGGCACCGCCGACGGACCCCGCGCUGCAGGCGAGGGCGCCGGGGCGGCCAAGAGGGGUGCGAAGGCCACCGAGAGCAUGGCCGCAGCGUGCCCUGGUGAUGGCACGGAGAGCGGAGGGGACCCGCAGGAGAGGAGGAUGGAGCUAGGAGAGGGAGACCCGCUGAGCCACGCCGGCCCCGAGCCAUGGUGCCUGCAGAGCGUGCCCUGCACCGCCCUGCCCGAGAGCAUCCCACGGUGCUGUGCCUGCGCUGCCCGGGCCGCGGGGGACCCCGAGGGUGAGGAGGAGGAGGAUCCCCCCGAGAGCACUUGCAGGCUGCUGCACUUCCGCAGGUUUGCCUUCGGGGGCGGCAGGGAGCUGAGCAUCGAUGGCUUCUGCACCCUGGGGGAGGCGGAGGGGGAGACGCCGCAGCUGGAGGCAGCCGGCCCCGAACGAGGGAGCCGGAGCGUGGGCAGCAGCCUCUGCCUGGCCAAGUACCUGCUGGGGGUCCUGGGGGACCCCUUCUGCGAGGCCGUCCGCAGGGACAGGGAUACAUGGCUGGGAGCCCCCAGCGGGCCCAAGGGGGUGACGGCCUGGAGGCGAGGGGAAGGAGCCCCCCAGCUCUGUGAUGCCUGCCAGAGGGGCUUCUUCAACUCACACUGGAGCUGUGCCAGAUGUGGCUUCCAGCUGUGCCCCGAUUGCCACCGCAGCAGGCGGGAGGCUGACAGCCACGGUAUGGGGCGGGGGGUGCCUAAGUGCAUCCCUGGGCAAGACCACCAUGUCGCAUCCCUCGUCCCCACACAGUUCAUCCCUCCCCACAUCUUGACCCGGCUCUGGAAGCUGCUGCACGAGGUCCGGGCCAAGUUCGGCAUCGAGUCGCGCUGUCCCUGCGGGGAGGGGGCUGUGAGGCAGAGCCUGGCAGAGCCCCCCCAGAGCACCCAGGAGCCAUUGGGGGUCGUGGUGCCCACCCUCGCACCCAGCAGUGAUGGCCCAGCCGACACCUCCCAGCCCAUCAAGGAAGAGAGCCCCGAGGUGGGGCCACCAUCGCCAGGGCAGCCGCCCCCCCGUGGGGCCGUGCAGACCACCACCCUCUGUGACCUCCUCGCCUCCACCGCCGUCAAGCUGUGCCUGGGGCAGGAUGGGGUGCGCAUGGCCUUCGCCCCCGUCUCGCCCGCCUUGCCCAGCGACAACCGCCUGACCAGCAUCCUGGACAGCAUCAUUGCCCGCGUGGUGGAAAGAAAGAUCCAGGAGAGGCAGGCGGGGGCUGAGCUGAAUCCCCCAGUCCCUCCCAGUCCCCCCAGUCCCCCUGCCUCCCACUGCAUCCUGGCACCCAGCGGGCUGCUCUGGCUGCACGACCCCAGCCAUGCCAGCAACUACAAACUCUUCCAGGAGCAUUGGCGGCAGGGCCAGCCCGUCCUUGUUUCAGGGCUGCAGAAGAGGCUGGAGGGGCGGCUGUGGGGGCCGGAGUCCUUCUGCCCGGCCGGGGGGGAGCAGGCGGUGGAGGUGGUCAACCUACGGGCACCAGCGAACCGUGUCAGGAUGAGCAGCCGGGAGUUUUGGGAUGGCUUCGCUGCCAGUGUGGCAUCCCCGGAGCCGGAGCAGGGCGGUGGGGACCUGCUGAAGCUGGAGUGUGGCUUUGGGGACAUGGAACUGUGCCGGGCUGCCAACCUGAACGCCAGCCUGCCGCUGCCGGAGUACUGCGGGCCGGCUGGCCGCCUCAACCUGGCCACCUACGUGAGGGGCCAGCGGGCCCGGCGUUGGCUGCGCCCACGCGUCUGCGUGGCUUACGGUGUGCGUUCCCAGGAUCGGACCAUUGGGACCAAAAACCUGACGGUGGAAGCAGCCGACUCCAUCAGUGUCCUGGUGCACGCCACGGCACGGCUGCCCCUGCAAGGCGAUGAGGACGGCGUGGAUGCGCUGUUGAAGGAGCGGCUCUGGGAUGCUGGCAGCCGGCCUGGCGCCCUGUGGCACAUUUUCCGUGCUGAGGAUGCCGGCCGCAUACAAGACUUCUUGCAGAAGGUGGGGCAGGAGGGGGGAGCAGCGGCAGAGCCCCCUGGCCGCUACCUGGACCUUUCGCUGCGGAGGCGGCUGCGUGAGGAGUGCGGGGUGAGCGGCUGGACCCUCCUCCAGUUCCUGGGGGAUGCGGUGCUGGUCCCUGCUGGGGCUCCCCACCAGGUGCAGACCCUCACCGGUACCAUCAGCGUGGAGCAGCGGUUCCUCUCGCCAGAGAAUGCCGCCCGCCUUUGGGACCACAGCACCCACCCUCCUGGUGCCAUGCACCAGCUCCGUGCCGAGCUGGACGGCAUGAUCUUCUCCGCUGUGCGGGAGGCCGCGGGCAUCUUGCAGGGCUGCAAGUAAGGUGGCAUGCCGGGAGGAUGCUCGAACAAAGCCAGCGCUGCCGGCCACAGCCACGGCCGAGAUGCUGCGGGGAGCCGGGGCCGACCACCUUGCGCUUGGUGCUUUGCUCUGCAAUCACCCGGAGGGGAUCGUGG